AUGGAUCCGUAUGAUUCUACCGUCCUCCUCGCUCGAGCGGACUCCUCGUCCAAUGGCCGACCGCCAAUCUACAAGGCCAUCGGUAUCUCACUUGCCGUCGCAUCGGGUGUCUUCAUCGGGAUAUCGUUUGUGCUCAAGAAAACGGGUCUGCUCAAGGCCAACGUCAAGUACAAUGAGGAGGCAGGCGAAGGGUACGGAUAUCUGAAGAAUGUGUGGUGGUGGAGCGGGAUGACGCUGAUGAUUAUCGGCGAAAUCUGCAACUUCGUCGCCUAUGCAUUCGUCGACGCUAUCCUGGUGACGCCCCUAGGUGCGCUGUCAGUUGUGAUUACGACCAUUCUGUCGGCUAUCUUCCUCAAGGAACGCCUCAGUUUCGUGGGCAAGGUCGGCUGUUUUUCAUGCAUCAUUGGGUCCGUGGUUAUUGCUAUGAAUGCCCCCCAGCAGUCAUCGGUCAGUGAUAUCCAGGAGAUGCAGCAAUAUGUCAUCACGCCUGGGUUCUUGUCCUAUGCUGGUGUCAUCAUCGUGGGAUCGAUUAUCACUGCGCUCUAUGCUGGCCCGCGCUGGGGCAAGAAGAGCAUGUUUGUUUAUAUCAGCAUUUGCAGUAUGAUCGGUGGGUUGAGUGUCGUUGCGACCCAGGGGUUGGGAUCUGCGAUUCUCGCCCAGGCCCGGGGCGAGUCGCAGUUCAAAGAGUGGUUUCUCUACGUCUUGUUUGCGUUUGUCAUUAUGACGCUGCUGACGGAGAUUAUCUUCCUGAAUAAAGCAUUGAAUAUCUUCAACGCCGCCCUCGUCACCCCAACCUACUAUGUCUUCUUCACCAGUGCCACGAUCGUGACCUCCGCCAUCCUUUUCCAAGGGUUCAAGGGCUCCGGAAUUGAAAUUGCUACUGUGAUCAUGGGAUUCUUCCAGAUCUGCGCUGGUGUGGUUCUACUGCAGGUGUCCAAAUCAGCCAAAGAUGUUCCCGAUGCCGCCGUAUUCAGAGGCGACCUCGAUCAAAUCCGUGAAAUCGCUACACAACAGGACCCUGAAUCCGAGCCCAAGGCAGACUCCAUUCGCGGCGCGGCGUCCAUCAUCCGCCGCAUCUCGACCGCUCGCCAAACCAUGGCGGCCGAAGAGGCGCGUCGCUUCUUUCAUGAGAAGCAGCAGGAUAGCUUGAAACCCCCAAGUGAAAAUGAGGUUAUCGAGUGGGAUGGUCUGCGCCGGCGCAAGACUGUCCUCGGCGAGGGACCCACGAUGUCGUCCCGACCGCAUACGCCUCGCACUCCUUCCAUCAAGCAGCAACAUCCUCCAUGGGGCAUGUCGCGAUUUCCAGACCCUGAAGAUGAGGAGGAGCGGCCAGACAGCAAUUCCUCAUUUAUUGGUGGCAUUCGAUCGCGGGCCUCGAGCGUGCUUCGCCCGGCUCGGUGGCGAUCGCUUAAUGAGCAAGAUGAAAGUGAAAUGCACCAGAUCCCUCAAAACGACACCGAGUACCACGGCGCGGCCGGUCUGGAGCCACCAGUCUACGGCCGAGAGCGCAGCGACACUCCACGGUCCAUUGCCUGGGCUGACGAGAAAUCCGACGACCAACAACAUCUUGAGCCUCGACCAACCGCGCGGCGCCAAUUCUCCUUCAACUCGGUACUCAACCGUAUCAAACCCGGCGGAGCUCCACCUUCACCAAAACGCCACGCCAGCCCGCCUCGUGGUAUCUUGCGCCGAACACACCUAGCCGGCGGCGACCUCCGCAAAACCGCUACUGAAGAAGAGCGACUCGGUCUCGUACAUGGCGACUCUCGCACCUCAGGACCAGACGAAGAAACCCUCAACGAGAAACUGGAGCGCUGGUCCAGCAACGAGUCCGACCCGGGCCAAUUCCAACCCUUGUUCGCUCGCGAAGGACGUCCACACGGAUCCUCUGUGUCGACAAACUCAACAGCCGCGUUCCCGCCAUAUGAAGACCACCACCACCAUUACUCUUCUCGCCCAUCUACACGCCAACGCUCGCCUUCCUCGGAACACGACGCUGAAGACGAGGGCUGGCAUAUCCCAACGCCGGGGUAUCGGUCUCGCACCAGGACGGACUCCAAUUCUCACGCUCACGGUCGCGCUCCGCCACCUGCUCAGAGUUCUUUCUCGACGCACCGCCAUCCCAACCCGCUUCCUCCGCUCCCGGAUGUUCAGACUGGUGGUAAUGAAGCUGAUAUGUCGGGAGUGACGUCUGCGUCGGAUGAAUCAAACAUGGGCGUUACUUCUCUGCCUUCUUCUCCUCCGUCCGACGGUAAUCAUGCUGGAAGCAAUAAUUCCUCUCGACCACAGAGUGGAUGGCGACGCCAGGCGUCAGAGGGAAGUAGUGAAGGCGAGAGCCAUCACUGA